UAAAGCCAGCGAACAGAUCCUCAGUCUGCAGACGUGACUUCAGUCCGGAGCGCUCCCAGAUAGAAUGAAGGUGCUUGCGUUACUACUGUUGCUCGUUGUGUCAGCCCUGGGCAAAAGGGUUUUCAAUGGAGACCAGGUCUUGAGGGUCCACCUGGAAGCUGAGGAGCAGGUCCAGGUUCUGCAGGCGCUGGAGAAUGAGCAGGCCUGGGUGGUGGACUUCUGGCUCCACCCGGUGUCUGUGGGGCGGCCGGUGGAGGUCCGCGUGGGCCAGGCCAGCCUCAACGGAGUCAAGGAUUACCUGCAGACCCACAACAUCCGCUUCUUCGUCAUGAUCAAUGACCUGCAGGAGCUUCUGGAUGAACAGGAGGCUGAGAUGAAGGAAAGUGAGGCUUUGCAGCGCAGUGGAUCGGAGUACAACUUUGGGUCCUACCAGAGGCUGGAGGCGAUCUACAACUGGAUGGACACUCUGGUGGCUGAACAUCCCAAGCUGGUCACCAAAGUACUCAUUGGGUCGUCAUACGAGAACAGACCCAUGUACGUCCUAAAGUUCAGCACCGGCGGUACCAACCGUCCCGCCAUCUGGAUCGACACCGGGAUCCACGCCCGGGAGUGGGUAUCCCCCGCCACCGGCAUCUGGACCGCAAACAAGAUUGCGGUGGACUACGGCAAAGAUGCUUCCCUGACCUCACUGCUGAACACCAUGGACAUCUACAUGCUGCUGCUGGCCAACCCUGAUGGCUACUCCUACACCCACGACAACGACCGCAUGUGGCGUAAGACCCGCUCUAGGUCUCCUGGCUCUAACUGUCGCGGAGCGGACCCCAACAGGAACUGGGACUCAGGCUUUGGAGGCCCCGGCACCAGCAGAAACCCCUGCUCCGACCUGUACCACGGCCCCUCUGCCAACUCCGAAGUGGAGGUCAGCAACGUGGUGAACCUCAUCAAGGCCCACGGAAACUUCAAGUCCUUCAUCUCCGUCCAUGCCUACUCCCAGCUCCUCAUGUACCCCCACGGCUACUCCUGCAAGGACAUCCCUGACAUGGCCGAACUGGACACUGUGGGCCAGGCCGCAGUCAAGAAACUGGCCUCCCUUUAUGGAACCCGCUACGAGGUUGGAAGCAUCUGCAAAAUCAUCUAUCCAGCCAGCGGCGGCAGCAUCGACUGGGCUUACGAUACCGGCAUCAAGUACUCUUUCGCCUUUGAACUGAGGGACACCGGUCUAUCUGGAUUCCUCCUACCGGCCAACCAGAUCAUCCCGACCGCUUCAGAGACCUGGCUCGCCCUAAAGCACAUCAUGGAGUAUGUCCGUGAUAACCCCUACUACACCCAGCAUUGAUCAAUAAAGCAUCUAUAACGCUGUCA